UUAUUAUUCUUUACUUCCGGGUGAGACAAAUCGGGCGCCAUCUUGUCUUGUUCCCGAAGAAGUAGAAGCAUCGAAAGCGUUGGAGAGGUGUUACCGGAACGGCGGCGACAAGGGUGUUCCCGAACUAGAGUGGGGCAUACAUAAUCUUGCUGCUAUGCUUCGAAGCUGUAGUCUGAAUCAACCUAAGUUUUAAACAGAAGGUGAACCUCUGAGAUAGAAAAUCAAGUAUAUUUUAAAAGAAGGGAUGUGGGAUCAAGGAGGACAGCCUUGGCAGCAGUGGCCCUUGAACCAGCAACAAUGGAUGCAGUCAUUCCAGCACCAACAGGAUCCAAGCCAGAUUGAUUGGGCUGCAUUGGCCCAAGCUUGGAUUGCCCAAAGAGAAGCUUCAGGACAGCAAAGCAUGGUAGAACAACCACCAGGAAUGAUGCCAAAUGGACAAGAUAUGUCUACAAUGGAAUCUGGUCCAAACAAUCAUGGGAAUUUCCAAGGGGAUUCGAACUUCAACAGAAUGUGGCAACCAGAAUGGGGAAUGCAUCAGCAACCCCCACACCCCCCUCCAGAUCAGCCAUGGAUGCCACCAACACCAGGCCCAAUGGACAUUGUUCCUCCUUCUGAAGACAGCAACAGUCAGGACAGUGGGGAAUUUGCCCCUGACAACAGGCAUAUAUUUAACCAGAACAAUCACAACUUUGGUGGACCACCCGAUAAUUUUGCAGUGGGGCCAGUGAACCAGUUUGACUAUCAGCAUGGGGCUGCUUUUGGUCCACCGCAAGGUGGAUUUCAUCCUCCUUAUUGGCAACCAGGACCUCCAGGACCUCCAGCACCUCCCCAGAAUCGAAGAGAAAGGCCAUCAUCAUUCAGGGAUCGUCAGCGUUCACCUAUUGCACUUCCUGUGAAGCAGGAGCCUCCACAAAUUGACGCAGUAAAACGCAGGACUCUUCCCGCUUGGAUUCGCGAAGGUCUUGAAAAAAUGGAACGUGAAAAGCAGAAGAAAUUGGAGAAAGAAAGAAUGGAACAACAACGUUCACAAUUGUCCAAAAAAGAAAAAAAGGCCACAGAAGAUGCUGAAGGAGGGGAUGGCCCUCGUUUACCUCAGAGAAGUAAAUUUGAUAGUGAUGAGGAAGAAGAAGACACUGAAAAUGUUGAGGCUGCAAGUAGUGGGAAAGUCACCAGAAGUCCAUCCCCAGUUCCUCAAGAAGAGCACAGUGACCCUGAGAUGACUGAAGAGGAGAAAGAGUAUCAAAUGAUGUUGCUGACAAAAAUGCUUCUGACAGAAAUUCUGCUGGAUGUCACAGAUGAAGAAAUUUAUUACGUAGCCAAAGAUGCACACCGCAAAGCAACGAAAGCUCCUGCAAAACAGCUGGCACAGUCCAGUGCACUGGCUUCCCUCACUGGACUCGGUGGACUGGGUGGUUAUGGAUCAGGAGACAGUGAAGAUGAGAGGAGUGACAGAGGAUCUGAGUCAUCUGACACUGAUGAUGAAGAAUUACGGCAUCGAAUCCGGCAAAAACAGGAAGCUUUUUGGAGAAAAGAAAAAGAACAGCAGCUAUUACAUGAUAAACAGAUGGAAGAAGAAAAGCAGCAAACAGAAAGGGUUACAAAAGAGAUGAAUGAAUUUAUCCAUAAAGAGCAAAAUAGUUUAUCACUACUAGAAGCAAGAGAAGCAGACGGUGAUGUGGUUAAUGAAAAGAAGAGAACUCCAAAUGAAACCACAUCAGUUUUAGAACCAAAAAAAGAGCAUAAAGAAAAAGAAAAACAAGGAAGGAGUAGGUCGGGAAGUUCUAGUAGUGGUAGUUCCAGUAGCAAUAGCAGAACUAGUAGUACUAGUAGUACUGUCUCUAGCUCUUCAUACAGUUCUAGCUCAGGUAGUAGUCGUACUUCUUCUCGGUCUUCUUCUCCUAAAAGGAAAAAGAGACACAGUAGGAGUAGAUCUCCAACAAUCAAAGCUAGACGUAGCAGGAGUAGAAGCUAUUCUCGCAGAAUUAAAAUAGAGAGCAAUAGGGCUAGGGUAAAGAUUAGAGAUAGAAGGAGAUCUAACAGAAAUAGCAUUGAAAGAGAAAGACGACGAAAUCGGAGUCCUUCCCGAGAGAGACGUAGAAGUAGAAGUCGCUCAAGGGAUAGACGAACCAAUCGUGCCAGUCGCAGUAGGAGUCGAGAUAGGCGUAAAAUUGAUGAUCAACGUGGAAAUCUUAGUGGGAACAGUCAUAAGCAUAAAGGUGAGGCUAAAGAACAAGAGAGGAAAAAGGAGAGGAGUCGAAGUAUAGAUAAAGAUAGGAAAAAGAAAGACAAAGAAAGGGAACGUGAACAGGAUAAAAGAAAAGAGAAACAAAAAAGGGAAGAAAAAGAUUUCAAGUUCAGUAGUCAGGAUGAUAGAUUAAAAAGGAAACGAGAAAGUGAAAGAACAUUUUCUAGGAGUGGUUCUAUAUCUGUUAAAAUCAUAAGACAUGAUUCUAGACAGGAUAGUAAGAAAAGUACUACCAAAGAUAGUAAAAAACAUUCAGGCUCUGAUUCUAGUGGAAGGAGCAGUUCUGAGUCUCCAGGAAGUAGCAAAGAAAAGAAGGCUAAGAAGCCUAAACAUAGUCGAUCGCGAUCCAUGGAGAAAUCUCAAAGGUCUGGUAAGAAGGCAAGCCGCAAACACAAGUCUAAGUCCCGAUCAAGAUCAACAACCCCUCCCCGUCGUAAACGCUGAGGAAUGAUGUGGCAAGAAUGCCAUGAUGUUCUUUAAAAAAAUUCCAUGAGUUUUAAGGGCUUGUCUCAUUAUAGAGGCACAUUGUGGCUGUGUAGGUGAAACCAGAAUCUUUUUUUUUUUUUAAUCUGUAAAUAGGUGUACUUUUUCCAAUGCUGCUCCAAGUUACUUAAUAGGAUUUCUUUGUAUUACGUUUUUUUCAAAAAAUAUAGUGCAUAAUAAGACUAUAAACAUGCCAUUCUCUUUCAGCUGUAAUGUUCUUAAAAUUAUUCUUGAAUGUACUGUGAUGUCAAUAAAGCUCUUUAGUUCAUUUUUGUUAAA